AGAAUUAAGAAGGAAAUCCCUUCCCUCUUGCCCGGCCGUGGGCAAAAAGGCCCCUGGCCGGCCCUCUCGCGCCCUCCUUCUAGCAGCGCCAUAACAAGUUGUUUAGUUAAUAAACCUAGUGCAGCAUGAUUCGUCUUGUACAUGCUCCACUUCUCAUCUAGAAUGGCAUGCUGAUCUAAACACAGCCAGCCAGCUUUGAGAAAACUGUUUUGAAGAUGAUCUGUCAUGUCUUUCUGAACUUUGGUGAAAUUCUUAAACUAAUUAGAAUUUAGAAGUAUCAUUUACAUGUCUUUAGCCUGAAACCAUUAUAUUUAUAUAUAACUGUCCAUGCCGCCGAGGAGUAGUUAGGGCCCCGUCGUGUAGCUUAUUAGUUCUAUAAUAUCUGAGAGAGAGAGAAAAGAGAGAGGGGUGGAUGGAUCCUGUAUAUAUCUUUGGAGUCCAAACUGGUAGUAAUCUGUAGUUUCGAUUGAUCUUGAAUCAUUGCUAAAUUGAAGCUGAAAAACUUGAUCGAAUAGCCAAUUCCAAUCUCCAUUUUGUGUAUCUUUCGUUUGGAUGUCUUGUUAUGUUGAUCCUUUUGCUUGUUCUUGAUCUUGAUGCCCAUGUGAACAACGAUCUUCUCUUGCUGCAAUGUUUCAGUAUUUUUUUUUGAAACGAAUGUUUCAGGCAGUUUCACUUGAUUAGCCGUUCUUGAGGGACAAUCUUGGAAUUGCUUGAUUUAGCAGGGUGCGAAUCGUGAAAAUUUUGUGUUAGCGAGUGAUCUGAUUUGGGGGAAGGGGAUCAGAGAGGUCUACCAAUUUAGGGAAUAUUUCUAGGGUCGUAGCAUAGGAGAUGCUCAAUUGGGCAAGCAAGGCUGAGCUACAUGCUAGGGUUCCUCUGGGCAAGCUGCUGGAUCGGGCCGCCACUUUCUCCUCAGGCUCCAAGUUGUUCGUCCGAGGUCUGUCCUACAACUCGAAUAAAGUUGCUCUCAAGGACGCCUUCUCUCAGCAUGGCAAUGUUAUCCAAGUGAAAGUAAUAUGCCAUCCUGUCACGGGGAGAUCCAAAGGAUACGUCUUGGUCAAGUUCUCUUCAGAAACUGAAGCAGCCGCGGCGUUGGAGAGGAUGAGUGACGUGGUGCUUGAUGGAAAGAAAAUGCGGGUGGAUUAUGCAAACAGCGAACAAUCUGCUGCUGCUGCUGCUGCAGAUGAGUCUUCUCCUAAGCAUGAGACCUUUAUCCGAGGGACACAUACUGGGCUCCAUUUGGCAUAAGCAUUGUUUCGCAAAGGGAACCAUGAACCAUCUGUAGUUGCCCCCAAAGAACUUUGUCUUCAUUCUGAACAAAUUGCAACAACACCUGAGUGGCUGAAUAGGAAGCGAACACGAUCCAUCAUAGGCACGACUUCACGAGACCUUUAUCCGAGUGACACAUUAUUGGGCUCCAUUUGGCAUAAACAUUAUUUUAAAAAAGGGAACCAUCUGUCUUUUAGCUAGGUUAGAAUAGCUUUGCCUUGCUUUUUGCCCUGUUUUCACUCGGUCUGUGCUUUGCCUUGUCUUGGAUGUGUGUUUGUGAAAAGAAAGAGGGAACCAUUUGUUGGUAUAUCGCAUUAAUUGAUAGUGGGGGGAAUAACUGGAGUGAAUAUGCUUACGUCAUCUGGCAGAUACGUGAUUACAUUCAUUUUGUAGUGGGCUAUGGUGCUGUAUAACUGCACUUUAAGCGAAAAUUUGA